AGAAGAAAAGGAGAAGACCAGCAGCCCACAGAGCACAGGGCAGUCGCUUCGCUGGAAGCAGUCCACGGCAGUCCUCCCGCACCGCAACCAAAAGCCACACGCAGAAUGCUCCGCCGCCUCUCCGGCGCCGCCGCGGGCGGGCUCCGCCGCUCCCUCUCCUCGUCCCGAGCCCCCUCGCGCCCCCCGUGGGCCCUCAUCCAGCUCACCGACGUCGACAAGUCGGGGGCGCCGGCGCCGGGCGCGACCCUGCACCUCGACGCGCCCCCGUUUGUCACCGGCCUCACCGUCCCCGCCCACUUCAUCCACCCGCGGCCCCUCCCCGACCCCGCCACCGGCGUGUACGGCUCCGUCCCGGGCCACGUCGCCGCCGCCAGCAGCCACGGCCUCCUCCUCGUGCGCUUCUGGGAGUCCCGCUUCCAGUUCGACGUCCCCGCCACCGGCGAGUCGAUGCUCUGCGCGAUCCGCGACCUGUCCUUCUUCACCGGCAUGGACAUCAACCCGGAGGUCACGCGCUUCGUCCUCAACCCGCUCAGCGGCGAGCUCUACCGCCUCCCGGACCUCGACGGCACCAAGAGGACCUCCAUGUACCAGCACCUCGGCCUCCUCACCCAGUCCCAGGGCGGGCACGGACCCCCUGACAGGUAUGCGGUAGCCGAGAUGUUUACCAUCGGCGGCAGCGGCAGGGAGGAGGACGGCUUCGUCUUGCGGCGGUUUCUCUCGGAGACGGGCAAGUGGGAAAAAAUGGUGGGCUUGCCCUCCCCAUUGCCUGCCGGUCGGCGGAUGCACAUCGACAGCGCCGUGGUGCCCUUCGGCGACCGCUUGUGGUGGAUCGACGAGAGCUGGGGCGCCAUCUCAGCGGACCCGCUCAGCGAGAGGCCGGAGCUCCGGUUCGUGGAGCUGCCCAGAGGGAGCGUGCUGCCUGACCUCGAAGGUGUGGUGUUCAUGAGGAAACUCGAGCGCUACCGGCGGAUGGGGGAAAGCGAGGGGAAGCUGCGCUACGUCGAGGUGUCCAAGGAGAAGCCGUAUGUGGUCAGCUCCUUCUCCCUCGACGACGGUGGCAGCUCCUGGACGCUGGACCACGAGGUGGCCUUCACCACAGUUUGGGAUGAUGAACCCUUGAAGGAGAUGCCGGCGAUUGGCGCAAUUGACCCACUGAACAGCCAUGUUGUGUACCUUGUGUGCGGCAACCAGCUUCUUGGAGUCGACAUGGAGAAGGAGAAGAUAACAGGGAGCUCUCGUCUUGCUAUACCCAGUGUCCCCAUCCUACCCUGUGUCCUCCCGACGUGGCUGGAAUCAAGCUAGAUUCCCUCUGCAGAUUGGAGCAAGAAGACCGCUGCGAAAAGGGAGACAUCGCCUGACAUGGUCAAAAAGGAGACUUUGCAUGUAGAAGUAGAGCUGAUGAAUUGAAGUGUAUCAGCUAAUUCCUAUCUUGGCAUCAGACCAGAGUUGUUUUGGAGGCUUAGGAUGGUAGUUUCCUGACAUCUCAUUUUGGGGGACUGCUGUGAGGUUCAUGUUUGUGCGAUAGCUGGAAACGUCUUAGCCUGUUGAGGCCGACGGGUUCGUGUUAUAUAGAGUUGGGGCGCACCUCCCAACCAUAGCGCAUACAUUGUUGAGAUUACAUGAGGGAAUGAGAUAUUCAAGGAAGAGAUAGAACUUGGAGAUCAAGGAAAAUAAUCUAUCUCUAUCUAUCCAUCCUAACUACCUCAUGCAGCCGGGUGGACCUCAUGGCGCACGGGUGGUGCAACCACAUUGCGUUCAACACCCUCCCGUAAUCACAGCUUCAUUAAGUUGAGAUUAUGCUUGAAUUCCUCAAAACUUCUUGAGGGCAAAGGCUUUGUAAAUCCAUCUGCAAGUUGAUCCUUUGAAUGCACAAAUCGAAUAUCAAGUUGCUUUUGAGUAACUCUUUCUCUGACAAAAUGAAAAUCUAUCUCUA